AUGGAGACUCUCAAAGCGGUCUUUUUCGGUCCUGAUCCUCAGACGCAGAUGAGGAAAUGUAAUCAGCUCAUCCGUGCCAAUACCCGUCAAUUAGAUCGUGACAUUGCACAACUGAAGACCCUGGAAAGCAAGACACGGCAGUACAUAAUGAACUCAUCGCGGCGGGCCCAGCGAAAUCCCUCUCAGGCUAAGCAGGCCAAUACAGAGGCCAAGACGUUUGCGCGAGAGCUUGUGCGGAUUCGAAAACAGUCCACCCGCUUACACACCAGUCGCGCACAACUGCAAAGCGUCCAGAUGCAGGUCAACGAGGCGUUUUCGGUCCGGAAGAUCCAGGGCAGCUUGAAGAAAUCGACGGGCAUCAUGAAGGAUGUAAAUACAUUGGUUCGGAUGCCAGAGCUGACGGCCACGAUGCGUCAGCUCUCAACGGAAUUGGUGCGGGCCGGAAUCAUCGAGGAAAUGGUCGAUGAUGCGAUCCCCAACAAUGAGCUGCUGGAAGAAGAGGAAGAAGAAGCCGACGAGGAAGUCGACAAGGUUCUGCAGGAGAUCUUGCAUGGCAAACUGUCCCAGGUUGAAGGCGUCCAGCCAGAGAAGCCAUUGGAGGAAGCCCCGGAACCGGAGGACGAGUUCGUGGAUCCAGAAGCGACGCUGGAGCAGAUGAGGGGGCGACUGGAGGCGUUGAAGAGCUGA